AUGGAUUUCAAGAAGCCGAUUACCAGAGGAAUCCACCGCAUUGUCCACAUCCGCUAUGAAGGCUCCCGCGAAAUCAAUCACACUUCCACAGCUGAUUUAAUCGUCACUGGUUCCACCUCUUCCUGGAUACCAAGAAUGCUAUUUCCACCUCCAAGUUUCUGUAAUUCAUUUGUUUCCCUUAUUCAUCUCCGAUCUGAACAUGCAGCAACUUAUCACAACAUAACGGCAAAAGAAAGACUGAACAUGCAGAGGAUUGUGCAAAAAUUAGAUAUGCUCUGGCAUUUCAAUCAGGAUCAAGACUUGCAAUUAUUAAGAGAAUCUAAGUUGAGACAUGAGAUGUCGGAACGCGAAGCCACUUCGGGCGAGCAAGACAGCAAGCAUCCACGGCUGAUGGUGUUUCAUGGGACAUGGAGGAAGAUACUGUUGAGGAAGUGUUACAAACUUUAA